AGAAAGGACCCAACGCCACACCCCGGCAUUGAUAACGCUACUUGUUUUCCGCAUAUAUUAAACGUUGCAGUGCGACGUGUCCGUCUUUUCUCAUUGAUGCGCGAGAAGAACGACAACGAGGCUCCUGCUUAUUUCACUUAGAAGUAUCAUCUUCAGUACAUCAAGUUGAAUUUCGUAUGACUGCCACGAAAUCUGCGACUUAGUCCCAAUAUUAAGGCAUUGCACUUAAGUGAUCUCCCAAAUUCGAUUGGAUUCGCUUAGGGCGGAAAAAUCGGCAAAUAGCAUCAUUUUUGCAAGCGCACUUUUUGGCGGGGCAAAAAAAUCAUGGCUAUUGGGGGCGUCGCUACUGCUUUUUUUCCUGUUGGCCAUUUAGAUGCUGGCGCCGCUCUUCGUUGUCACGGUCCGCCAUCCGGCCUUCCCCUUUUUCCAAUAGAGCCGCAGCAUUUUGCUGAAGUUGCAUAGGCCUGCGGCCCCCCGGCGCGGGAAGCCGCGCCCCCUCUCCGGCAUCCAAUUCCGUACGCGCCCAGACAUCUUCGCAUCUUCCCUCUACGGCCAGAUAUUGAGAAUGCGGACGCGCCAGCAGUCAAGUGCUUCCGGGGGGGUGCCGAAGGGGGGGGGUAAGGGGGUCCGCUUGGGCUGCCUCUGGGCUACCAUUUUGGGGCACGGCAUAGGCUACCGAAAGGGUACCCGAAGUUUCCAAUGCGGAUUAGGGGGUCGGCAUAGGCUACCGAAAGGAGCCCCGGUCCCGGAGGUGGCCCAGCCACUUCUCGAAGCGCGGGCCUAUUCAACAUUGCCGGGCCAUCUGAGCGACAACGCACAGCACGAAGGCGCUGCCGCCUGUUUCGUGUCUUGCUAUGAAGGCCUUUUGAGAGCCGAGCUAUCAUGUUUCCCGUGGAAAAGAUGAAGUGACGCUUUACUUCUGUUGAUUUCCGGGUAGUUGACUCCCGGACAAAAGAAAAAGAAAUACCCCCCCAAAGUGUGAGCUGACAAAAAAAAUGCUAUUUGCACUUAAGUGAUCUCCCAAAUUCGAUUGGAUUCGUCUAUGACAGGGAGUCUCUAUGGACACGGGGUGCUCUCGUUGUCGCGUCGAUACAAUCGUAGGCGCACGGAUCCUUACCGGCGGUAAGGGGCUCGCGCGCUAGCCGGUAGUAUGCCCUGGGGGCUACGAUAGCGCUAUCGUUCGCCACGCGCUCCUUGGGGGUGGCUUUGCUUGCCGCUAGACACGGCAGGCAUUGUUAGGUCUAGUGCCUCUAGUGAGACUUAGGUGCCCGUGGAGGCGGAAAGGGGCCGCGAAGGGGCGGCUGUUCUUGCUCGGUCUCCUGUUGUUUGUCAGUAUCGGGGAGUAAGUAGCGCCCUUGUUGAGGGCUCCUUUGGGUUACUGGUUGGCUUGACUCGCUGGGGACGCACUACCGGGGAUGGCCCACUGUUCUUUCAGUUUUUGCGCCUCUGCGUCCAGUUGCAACAGCUUCUACCUUUUGUCCGUUACACGGGGCAGUCCCACCCCGCGGGCAGGGACGUUCUCGAAGAUGUUUCUCGCGUUUGCUGGCUGGCGCUCGGACGCUUUUGGACUUGUGUCACGAUGACCUCUGCAGGCGCCGGGGCGGUUUGUGCCCAGGGCAGCUACGUUUCGAGAUUUGCGGGCUUUGAGGCGUUGCUGUGUUUACUAUGGCGGAAUUGGUGUCAUCGCUACAUUGCCGGUUCCGGAUGUCAUGAUCUUUUCCGCGGUUUCAUGGAGCUCGCCUUCCGUGCGGGCGAUGGAUUGCUCCGGAGUGGUGGCUCUGGGGCAAGUGGGGCUGGGCUGGCGCUCCUCUCCCCCCAUUCAACCACCUGCGGUGGGGUUCUGGGGGGUCUUGCCUGUUGGCCUGGUGGUGGUGGAGUGGGUCGUUCCCUGCUGCUGGUAAGUGAUCUCGUCCCAAAUUCGAUUGGAUUCGCGGUUCUAUUUCUUCUCUAUCAUGUAAGUGUAAAAAACUCUUUCUGUCAUUUUCAUUUCUAAAGAAGGUAGAGCUUGACGGCACCAUUAAUAACUGUAUACAGCAGGAGGCAAAAAAAAAAUGAGGUCGGAGGCCGCGAAGAUCCUUUUUGCGGUAAUAGCGCAAGGCAUAGCGUACGCCGCGCUGCUGCUUUCGAUGAAGUUCAUUUUCGUUCAUCUCCACUUCCCUUACCCGCUCUUUGUCUCGGCAUGUAAUAGUUUCCUGGGCGUCGUGGUGCUAUGCUGCACAACGUUUUUCUGUUCUGCUGCUGGUGAUGUCAAUAAAGGGCACCAGGAUGAAACACAUAAGGAUGUUGAAGAGGGACAGCAGUCGUCGAAGACUAAGAACUCGCCGGGCAAGGUAUUAAGCAGAGCCGACGGGGAAAAAUCGGUCGUAUCGGACCAGGUGAUUUUUGUUCCGGGGACAGAUGGGAAUUCUAAACUUGCGUCUUCACGACCAGCGUCCGAGACGACGUCGCAUCGGGGAAAAAAUAGAAUUCAGCUUUUGAGGACCGCCGUCGACAGCCAGCAUUUACUCGAAGAUCAUAUCGGAGAAACAGAAGAAGCACAGCAAGAAGACGAGCCGAGAAGCGACACCGAUUUAUUGUUCUCUUGGAGCAGGCAACAACAAGAUGAACAGGGGCGACCACGAGAUGUUGACAAUUAUGUGGACCACCGCGCCAACUAUUCCUCUACUACUGCGGGAAGCGGAACAAGUAGUGCCGCCGAUGACGACGAGGGGUUUAACAGUACUUCUAAAAACGACUCAACUACUGCUCGGGGCGGUGGGCAGAGUGGCGGCUACGCGAAACAAGCCCAAUCCAGCAGUCGUGGCGCCGUCAAUGCAGCUCCACCUGAGCCGCGCCAGUCUUUGCUUUCAUCGCGCAGUGAAAACAACAAAAAGUGCGCGCAACUGAUGAAACAAUCGAGCGGUGGUCCGAAGACCCUACCGUUUUAUUUCCCCCAGGAGUGUCCUUCAGCACAAACGCGGGACGGCGCUUCUGGAGGUACUACUUCUUGCCAAGAUGAAAAGACCGACGGAAGAACGGGCAACCAGAUUACGAAGAGUGAGCAUUUACUCCUCGCAGCAGGGGCAGGAGGCGAGGAUGCUGUUCGCUGCAGCGGAACAAAUGUUGACCAGGGAGCACAAGUGCUGGACAGAGACGACGUGGUUGUCGUUCAUCUGAAUUACCGUGCCCUGAUUUACGUCGCGGGCGUGUUUGGCGCGACCAAUAUUGCCCUGUCGAACAUGGCCUUGAAUUUGCUACCGCCGACGAGUUACGGCGUUCUCAUGAAAAACUUGCUCCUCUCCGAUGUGAUUGUUUUCUUUCUGUUGGACUCGCUGAACUACGGAAAUAAGAAGUCGGCAAAGCACGACGACGAAAAUCAAAAUGCUGCAGAACAAAGAAAUGGCGGUACAAAAAAUAACGCGAACAGCAACAGCGGGGCGUACCUUUUUCCUUGGCACGCCAUGAGGAGUCCCGCACGGGUGUGCAUGCAGUUGGGGCUUGUCUUGUUCGGCGCGGUCGGCUCGGCCUGUUUCCUCGCGUCCCACAACGACUCGUCGGCGCAAGAUGAAGAUUCUGGGGUAGAUGGAGGAGCAUCAACUUCAACUAGGACGCAUCGGGAAGACGUGCUUCUCGGAAUUUUGUGCUGCGGCCUCGCGUAUGGAUUGCAAAUAUGUCUGGGUCUGGAAGAAUGCAUGUUUGUCAUGCUUGUCUGGCAUGACUCUUAAAUCUGUCAUGCACGUUACCCAAGAGCUCCAUUUUUUCUAUCAUGCAGAAACGCAGUUUGUCAUGCCGAAUCGGCAACACAUAGAAGCUCAGAAACUUGUCAUGCUGAGCCAGCACAUGUGGCCUCCUCACGAUACGCCACCCAGCAUCACAAGUUUCCAGACCCAGACAUUUUUGCAUUUGAUAUCGCGUUACUCUUCUCGAGCCUGAAAGAUGCCGCCCGGCAGUACUGUCUCCACGAGGAAAAGUUUUUGCCAGCCUCACUGGAAUCCCUUGUAGUUACCCUUGCUAAAAAAAAGAAGCCGCAAUCGCAAAGGCCGCAAAUAUUGACUGCAGGGGCAUCUUCGACUGACGGCACUUCUCAAAUCGCACCAGCAGAUCCAGAACUGGCUACUUUACGGCAAGAAGACCAGCACAUUCUCCAGGACCACUACGAUGAAGACGGCCUACUUCCACGCAACGAACGACAUGCCAACGAAGUAGACCAUCUUCAGGAAGAACAGAGCACGCGGAAAAUAUUUUUCAAGAAAAAAACCACCAUUGCCGUCGUGGAGUACUCGGCAGCUGCGUGUUAUGGAAGUGUCAGAAUCGCAAUUGACAAAAUCGAAAAAUUUGUGAUGCACAAAAUCGAUGUCAGUUGGAGCCUCAGUUUCGAAGUGGCGCAUGACAAAUUUCGGGAGCACCCAAAUCCAGUCUGUCAUGCUGUUUGGGCAAAGAAGACUGCCCCUGUCAUGCUACUCUCGCAGCACAUUGCAUACCCCCAAACAGGCUUGCAAUCAGUCUCAUAUGCCUGCUUCCCCAUACAGGCCUUCAGUCCCCUACAUUUUAUGCAUCACAAAUCUUUCGAUUUUGCCGAUUUCGAUCCUGGCAGUUCCAUACGUGUAGUGUGCAAUUUGCGUGCUUAUUUCUGGCCACCCUGGUGCUGGAGGGGAUUAAGCCCUUCGCGCUUUUUGGGAGUCGGUGUAAUGUCCUCGUGCAGACCGAAGUGUCUCCGGUGAUCUACGGGCUGUUUCAUCAUGAUGGUGAUGAUGAAUUUAUCGCCAACGACGAUGUCGAGGCUGCCGCUGCUGCUGGUGAUGUACUUGGUGGAGAAGACCACGACCUGAGUUUUCGUCGUCCACUUUCCUCACAGUACAUUGCAGGACUGCUUCCGAAAUUGAUUUUGCUCUGCUGCCUGCUGGGAUUUGCCGUGACAUCGGCGACGGCCGAACUCUCGAAGCUAACUAAUGUGGUGGCCCAGGCGUGCUAUAGGUACGUAAACUUUCUGUUCUUGGCAACCUUUGCUUUCCUGGUCUUCCGCCAAACGCUGACCACGGUGCAAAUCUUGCUGUCGGGAAUUAUGAUUUGCGGCAUCGCCUGGUUCGCAAUGGACUUCAAUUUAUCGUCGGGUAACGCAGAUGAUGAUCCUGAAAAAGAAGGCGGCGGGACCCCCGACACGACGGGAGGUGAAAACAUGACUACAACGCCCGAUAUUAGUACAGUGUCGAAGCCCGCCGCCGACGGGACCACGAGCAAAAAAAUGCCGGCCCCGAAGCUUGAUGUUGACAGCCACCCGACAGAAGAGCAGAACUCCGUUCUGAACGCAGAGGAUAUUGAAGUUGUAUUAAAUGGAAAUGCAGCUCAGGGGAAUGAUAAUUCCCAUUCUGCGAGGGGCCCACAUGAACAACAAACGGCAAGAACAUCAUCUACAACUGCCUUUGGCUGGCGCGGGCUGUUGCUGUCUACGUUGAUUUCCGCAGGAGGGCUCGCUUUUCUUUGGAGGCUCUCCGGAGAUUUCCGAAGACGUCAGCAAGAAGAUGCAGCUGUUUCGGGGUCCCCGAUAGGGCGGGGGCAGAAGAUGUUGGCAGCAGCAGCUACGAGGAAAAUUACAACUACGCCGAAGAGCACCGACACCAACCUCAAAAGCCCCACAUCAAGUACAACUGAGCCAUCAAGUUUCUUCCGCGCAGAGAAGCCAAAGUUGGAUGCUUUCUACGGGGAAGGCAACUACGAAGUGUAUCAAACGGAAAAAUCCCCCCUCCCCAUAUCGAAAUGGAAAUCUGUGAUGCAGGAUUUGAGGCACCAAAUCGAGUUGUCAUGCUAGAAGGCCAAGAGCCGCAGUCGUGGUCUCGUUUGCAGGCAAAUUGUCAUGCUGUUUCCCACUCUCAGCUGCCUCCUAUCAUGCUGAAGAUGCAAGGCUCCCCCACGCCACCCAGCACUACAGUCCGCAUCUUUUCCCGUGUAGCGUUACAAAGCUGAUUUGUGACAACAAAUCUGCAUCACAGAUUUCCGCUUUGAUAUGGGGAGGGGGGAUUUUUCCUCUCAAUAAAGUGGCGUCCAAAUACGAGGAAUUGACGCAGCUUUUGCGGGACUUUCACCGCUUUGUAUCGGAGAACCGGGACAUCUUUCGCGGCCCAACAGAGGUUCUACCUUCGGGAAAAAAUCAGAAUCUGAAGCAACAGGAAGAACUACAAUCGGAGAACGCUGAUGAUCGUCGUCCUGAUGCUCCUGCUCACAAGGACCACCAGCACGACGGAAAAAUCGCUUCCGCGUCUGCUGAAGGCAUGGAUCACGACUCGGGGGCGCAGCCCUAUUCCAUCGUCGCGGGAACGGCGUUGGGAUACUGGCGGCAUCAGUCGAUCAUCCCGUGGGACGACGAUGUGGACGUGGUCGCGCCAGCCUCCUUAUCAACUGUAAAAAUGUCUGGGUCUGGAAGAAUCCAACUUGUCAUGCAGAUUUUGGAUUCUAAAAAAAUCUGUAUUGCAUGAGCAGCAAAGAGAGUCCAAAUUUUGCUACACGGAAAGAGCAUUUGUUGUGCGGUAUAGGCAUCAGGAAGCCCUCACAAAAUCUGUGAUGCUAGGGCAUGCAUCACAGACAUCAGGAGUCAUGCAAAAUGUGCCUGACAAUUCUGGCAAGCUUCCAGACCCAGACAUUUUUACAUUUGAUACUCCUUUUGGCGCAACGUCAUCCACUACGCCUGGCAGCACGGGAUCGCGCAACCUUUCGGCACUACUGCAGGCACGGUGGCGCAACCGCAAAACUCGACCCGCUUGUGGGUGGUCGUUCCGCUUGUGUCCCCCCGUCUGCCUGAAGAACUGGAUAAAGAACAUGCUCCUCAUCAUGCGACCAGGGUAGGAGUCGCGGAACCAGCAGUGUCCUCGCCGGGUGAGGAGAAAACGGUCGCCAUCGUGUAUCAGACACACUUGAUCGAGAGCAUGGAACAGGUUUUCGAGGAGACGGGGGCGACCUACAUUCUCGUCAUCGGCAACGAAUUGUGGCAAAAGUUCACACCAAGUUCAACCUCCACAAAGAACGGAGGCGAGCAGGAAGCGCUGUCGUGCGGGGACAAUGACAAUGCCGCGGCACACCAGGGUGGAGAGGAACGUGUCGAUCUACUACUUCGGGGAGCUACAACUGCAACUACUUCUACAAGCGAAAAUGAACAAACCGAGGAUCGGCUACUUCUAUGCAUUGCAAAAGUCUUGUCCUGGAGGUAUGAAUUUUUGCAUCACAAAUUUCUUCAGCAUGAGAAAUGAACUUUGUUGUAAUGCGGAUUUGCCUUGAGAUCGAGAUUUGUAAUGCAUGAAUGCGAUUAGAAGUAUAGUACGAGUGCGAUACUUUUGCAGUGCAUAACUUCAUGCUGUUUCAGCUCGUCCUGCUGCAAGUACUAGCACUUCUGGCGAACAAGAUGAAACCUCCGACCUGGACCACGGCCGCUCCGCUGGUGUCGAGCAGCCGGGCCGUGACGCCGCUGCAGGAACUACAUUAACCAGCCCCAGCAGCAGCCCUUUCGACGUCAGCGCAUCUCAUGAAGAUCGGCGAAAGUGGUGGGAGGGGGAUGGCAAAUACGGUACUCAGAUCGCCUACCCGUGGCACGGCGCCCGCUUUUUCAUGCGACACAAGACCACGGGAGAAAAUGAAAAAUCCACUCUCGCGGCCACGUAUCCUGUGCAAAAGUAUCGUACUCGUAUGAAUUGCAGGCAUGCAUGACAAAUCUAGUUUCCUACCCAAAUCUGCAUUACAAGUUCCAAUUUUCUUCCAGAUAAAAUUUGUCAUGCGAUUUAUAGUAUACUAGUAAGUGCGAUACUUUUGCAAUGCAUACCACGGAAGCCGAGGAGGCGGGUUGCUGUUCCGAGUACUCUCGGAGCCUCCUCUAUGGAAGCGUCAGGAUCGAAAUCGACAAAGUUGCAAUGAUUUGCCAUGCAUAAAAUGCGACGCAAGAAGUGACUCUAUUGCAGAGGACGCACGGGAGGCAGAUCACAGUCCUGGUAAGGGUCGUGGUCAAAAGUUGGAAUGCUGACUAGCACGACAGAAGGCAGCUCUUUUGCCCUAAACCGCAUGACAGAAUCGCUUCCAGGACGGGGAAAAUUUGUCAUGCGCCGACUACAAACUGUAGGGCUAAGUGGCAUCGAGUUUAUGCAUCACAAAUUAUUUCAACUCUGUCGAUUUGGUGGAUCCUGACACUUCCAUAUCCUCCGGGGGGGCCCGUAUUACACCCAGCUAGACGUUUUGGCCUACAUGGACGUGUAUGCAGUGCAACAGCAUCGUACUAGUAUGAAUUGCAUUACAAAUUCGCCCAGCAUUACAAAUUAAAUUUGUAAUGCUGAUUUACCUUGAAAAAGAGAUUUAUAAAUGCAAUUUCUACGAGUGCGAUACUUUUGCACCGGAUAACGUGGACACAGACCUCUGCUACCACUGGAUUGGUGCGGACACACGAGUGGUCGCGGACCAAGACUUUCCGAAAACGGAAGUGACCACUUUUGCUGGUUUUCCGGUGCGAGUGUAUGAACCUGGCCUACUGCGCAGGCACCUGGACGAAUGUUUCGACUACAACCUGGAUCCUCCCCCCAGUCGACACCACCGCAAACCCGCCUCGGGCUCCUUUCUUGCAGUGCAAGACGAAACCAAUUCAACGGGCACGUUGGGCGAACCCGAAGACCAGGCGCCGCCGUCGAUAAACACCAAACCUCUGCUGCACAGGGCGCACCCUAAGGUCGUAUGAAAGUAGCCCGAGAUGACGAUUAUAUCACAUCAGCUGCAAAAAACAAGGAAAAAAAGGGGGGCUCGAAGUAAGAUAGUCUCGAUGAAAUUUUUCGAAAAGAAGAUUUAGGGUUUCAUCAGUUUCGAAUUUCAUCAGUUUCAGUUCACCACUAACCUCCCAUGAUGUUUCUUAUUUUAAGGCCCAAUGCAGCAAACUCUUGCCAUUUUUCCAUGCAUAAAUGUAAUAAACCCAAAUCGUUGCACCAGUAACCAUCGUUUUACGCACCGGAUUUUCUGUUCGCUCAUGCAAGAAUUAUAAGAAGCAAUGUCUGUAGUCGUAGUUCUCCUGCUUCUGCAAGACACCCUUCGCGCAGUUUUUCAGAACCACUCAGCACAGUUCUUCAUUUACAUACAGAUAUAUCACUCUCAGUCUCACGAUCACCGUAAAACCUCUACCACUCUAUCCCCUCAGUUUUAGCCAAGCAAAUAGUUCUCGUCUGCUGGAACAAGCACCUUCUACGUGAUAGUAUCUAUUUGAACAUGGCAAAUAAAAGUAUUCCGAUUUUUCCCUUAGAUAUCCCCCUGAUUGAUGUAUAUUGAAGAACUUGAACAAGAACAUCAAGAGUUUGUAGUUGUACGUAUAUUAACAUUCAUAAACGUAAAACUUGCAGAAAAGUGAUCGAGAUACGACUGCGGCAUAAGAAAAAAAGCCUCAUGGACAUAUGCG